CUUGCAUCGAGCCGGGCCGCGCAGAGCCGAGCCGCGCCGGGCCGGGAGAGGGGCCCAUGGAGCCGUCGAGCGGCGGCGGCGGGCAGGCGGCGGCGGCGGGGGGGGGCAUCGCCGUGCACGACUUCAGCGGGCAGCUGGGCGAGCAGCGGGUGCACUUCCACGCCAUGCGGCUGCGGGACUCGCUCUUCCUCUGGGUGGGCGCCGCGCCCGCCCUCGCCAGCCUCGCCGUGGCCAUGUGCAACCCACGCGACAGCGUCCCGGUGUCGGCGUCGCUCCUGGGGGACCCCUCCGACCCGGCCGCCGUGUCGCUGGCCCGGCGCCUCGCCAGGAAGACCAAAAAACAGAUAUUUGUCAGCUACAACCUUCAGAACACAGACAGCAGUUUCAGCUUACUCAUAGAAAACAGGAUCAAAGAAGAAAUGAUGGCUUUUCCAGAGAAGUUCUGACUUUGCAUUAUUGUAAACUGACUUGAAGUUUUAGUUUUAGAAAAAAAAGAGUGCAAUUUCCAUACUGACAUUAAGUUAGUAUUUUGAAAACUUUUGUAUUGUUUUGAUUGAAUUUGCAUUUGUUAUUAAAUUCUGCAAUGUUAGACCUGAUUUUUUUUUCCAAAUUUGCUACCCUGUUAAGUAGGAGAUAGACUAGUAGCAUAGAAAUACACUGCAACUUAAGAACAUUGUAAAAAUCUGUACAAACACAGUCUGACCUCCAUUUGGUACAGGGAUGAGCAAAGAAAUCUGUUCCAAAAUCUAGGUGUACAAUUAAUCUAUUGUGCAUUAGCAGCUUUUAGUGUUCAAAUGAAAACCCAUGAAAGUCCCACAAAGAGCAUUAUUGUUUGCUUUUGAGGAGAAUGAGGAGACCUGCAGGAAUGGGGAGUAUUAGAAAGGGAGCCAUGUGGGUUUUUUUACAUUGAAACGCUGUAACAUAAAACAAGCGUUAUCUUGCUCUGACUUUCCAAUCCCUGUUGGUUGUAGUGCUAAACACAAAUUUCCUUCCAUCUCCUGAACACUAAGAACACCAGAAGGCUUUCACAAAGGGUUUUCUGUAAAGCACUGCAGUCUAUACGGGAGAAGGAAAAAGCACAGCUUCACUUUCAGAGCAAUAGAUAAGUCUGUCAGGCUGCUAGAAGACCAUCAUACAUGUAAACUGAAUAUACUUUUUUUUUUUUUUUUUUUUUUUUUUUUAAGAAAAGCAGUCACUACCAACACAGAGCAUCCUGUUGCUACAUCUCUAGACUUCUUUUUAGGUGGGAUAACUCUUUUAGGUGACAUUCAACUUCCAUGUACCAUUUUCUUUUUACAAGAUGUGAAACUAAAAAUUAACCAUACCGGAAAAAAAAAGGAAAAAUGGAGCCAAUGGAGCAAUGCAGGUCUGCUGAGGUCAGUGCAUGCUGUGCUGUCUCAUACUACCUAUUAUUUCCAUUAAUUUGGAGGAAAAAUGAGCAGGGCAACCUGAUGAGAAAAUUAAGGUUAUUUCUUUUUUCACUGCAAGUUCAGACCUGACUCAGAAAUAAGCUUCUAGUACAAAUAAAUACUUAUGCUGCUAGACCAGCAAUUCAUAGGCAACUGCACUAUACACCUCCAGAAACUGGAUCUGAACUUACCUUGCUGUGGCUGUAAUCAACAAUUUAAAACUGCAACCAAAAGUUGAUAACGUAGAAGAUACAACCCCUAACUGCAGUCAGUCUCUGGGCUGAAGGGGUCUCAAACAUACACUGGCUCCAACUUUGCAUAUUUGACAUGAGAGCACAGAGCCUUACCUGGUAGAAACAGCAGCCAGUCCUUGGGCUCUGUUCAAGAUUGGAGUAAUGAAAAGCAACUACUGGAUUAUUCUUUUUUUUCCUAACUCUAUGCAAGACAGGAAACAGAGUCAUUCUUCUGUGACUGAAUGUAAAGGAUAAUUAGUUAAAAAUCAAUAUGCUGAUUUAAUUAGCUUGAUUUAAAAGCAGUUCAUCAUGUUUGUAGAGGAGGGCAGAACUAAGGUUUGACAUUAGCUCUAGCUGAGCCAUUUCACAAGUCACUGCGAGGGAGACGACAGGGAGAAGAAAGUGACAGACGAAGGAAAGCAACCUGAGGAGACAACAUCUUUUUAUUCUGUACAUUUACAUACAAAGUUUUUCAGUAGGUACAACAGAUGUAACAUCAUGCAGACAUUUAGCUUGUAAGACUGUUUUCAGUACUUGAUUUAAGCUUGUGCUAUGAAGAAGCACCACCAGACUAUUCAUGAUCAAAACAUACAGUAGCACGAUUCUUUAAAACUUUGUCAGAAACUGAAAUGGGGAGGGAAGCCUCACCCACUAGACAUAACACACUGUACUCCUUUCCCAAAACAUUUUACACAAUACAUUUAAAAUGAGGUUUGUCAUUUAUUUUUCUUAAAAAAGUUACAGUGGAGGAGAUCAUCCCACACUUAGAGCGUUGUCUUAUGUGCCAGCUACAGGCGCAACUUGACUUGACAUUCACAGAGUUCGUUUAAUGGCACUUCUGCUUCCAAUUUGGUGACCUUUAGUGUUUGGCUCCAGGAAGUGGCAACAAUUAUGUAAAAUACUUCCAUAAAAAAAAAAGCCCGUUCAACCAAAAACGAAAAGCAAAUCACAUAGAACCCUCUCUGAGUUGCCACAAAACACUUCCAAACAGAUGACACGUUUCUCCACGCUGUCUUUAUCUAUUUGCAGUGUGUCUGGCAACAAAAGCAUUACUGAAAGCUGGGGGGGGGGGGGGGAAGGAAAUAAAAAAACAGAUCAAGCAUAAUGUCACUUUCACAUUUUGUUUAAAGUUACAAAAAAAGGAAGAAAGACCGUAAAUGGUAAAUUAUAAAGAAAAAGAUCCACUGAUGGACUUAGAGGUUACUGAAGGUUCACAGAAAAAAGGCCAAAAUGGACAGUACAGCUUUGAAUGCUUCUUCUGUUGUGGUGACCAGAAACAGGCAUCUGAGAAAAGCGUUCCCUGGUGACGGCCUUGGAGGAGAUCCGAUUGAGGAGCUGAUGGUCUGACAUAGGGUAGCCCAAGUGCACAGCACCAUCCAAAUGAAGGAUGAGGCAGAGCACAUCCCAAAAUGAGAUUCUGUUUCCGCCCUGCUGCAUCACACAGUACUUCUCCUCUGAAAGUUUUCUCACAUUAGAUAAACUUAACAAAAGCUUUCAAAGUAGUACACAUCGCCAAGCAAUAACCCAACACAGAACACCCAGUUUUUCAUCCUUCCAGCAAAACAAGCAAAACUGGAGCUACCAAGAUAGGAAAUCAGUUUGUUUUUUUUAAUUUAUUUUUUCUCUCGUGACCAAGGCAGAGGGCCAAACCAAUGGGAGAAGUUGGGGUGCCCCAUAUUGCAGAAGAUCAGUACCGAGUACCUGGUUUCAGGCAAAGAAAUAAAAGCAGCAAAUCAAGUAAAUUUCACAGGAAUUAAAAAAAUUGCCAAGUGUUCCUGUCACUUAAUGUGUUUAUUAUAUUAAAGUUGAUAUGUGUAAACAA